AUGGUUCGAAAGCUCCCCUUAGCCGUUAUCGGCCUAUUGUGCUCAGGGCACGCCGCAUGUUUCUAUCUUCCUGGCGUCUCGCCCUCAUCCUACUCACUAGGUGACAGCAUUGAGCUCUAUGUCAACACCCUGACACCUGCGAUUUCCCGGCAUGAUGAGCAAAUACACGCAGUGGUUGGUUUCGACUAUUACCACCCGGGCUUCCACUUCUGCCAGCCUACGGGAGGACCACAAUCAGUGAGAGAGUCACUAGGCAGCAUCAUAUUUGGGGACCGGAUAAAAACCUCCCCUUUCGAGCUGCGCAUAGGAGUGAACGAAACAUGCAAAAUUGCAUGCAAGGGCGAAGCCUGGGACGAGAAGUCGACGAAGUUUGUAAACAGGAGGAUCGAGGAGGCAUACAACGUCGAGUUGCUCGUUGAUGGCUUGCCAGCCGCCGAACUGAGGGAAGAUCCCCUGACACACGAACGCUUCGCCAGCCCCGGCUUUCCGCUGGGUAAAAUACAAGAGGAUGGAACCAAGGCACUGAACAAUCACUGGGAUAUCAUCAUUGACUACCAUAUGGCGGGACUUCGUGGAUUGAAGUAUCGUGUCGUUGGUGUCCUUGUGCAGCCGUCAUCCCAUGCCGAUGCCCGGUUGAAAGAGAAUAACCAGCCCGAUUGUGCAUUCGGCUCGGGGCCUCUCGUCCUGAACGAGAAUGGAGGAUCACUGGUCACGUACUCCUACAGCGUCUACUGGCGUCUCUCAGACACUGCCUGGGCAACACGAUGGGACAGGCUACUCCACAUUGUCGACCCUAAGAUCCACUGGUUUUCGCUCAUCAACUCGGCCAUAUUUGUCGUAUUCCUGCUGGGCAUGGUCAGUACUGUCUUGGUUAGGGCGUUGCGCAAGGAUAUCGCUAGAUACAACCGGCUUGACAACAUCAACCUUGACGAUCUUUCUGGCACAUCUGCCGUCGAGGAUGACAUUCAAGAGGAUUCGGGUUGGAAAUUAGUGCACGGCGACGUCUUCAGACCACCACGCUAUGCACUCUUACUGAGUGUCCUACUCGGAAGCGGGGCCCAGCUCUUCGUUAUGACUGCAACAACGGUUGCCUUUGCGAUGCUAGGCUUUCUCUCACCUUCAAACCGAGGCUGGCUGACCUCCAUAGGUCUGCUCCUCUACACCGUCUUUGGCUGCAUAGGUGGCUACGUGUCUGCCAGAGCGUACAAGAGCUUCGGCGGCGAGAAGUGGAAGCUCAACAUUGCGGCCACGCCUGUGUUCGUGCCGGGCAUCGUCUUCGGCUCAUUUUUCCUUCUCAACCUCUUCGUCUGGGCAAAGGGGGCAAGCGGCGCAGUCCCUUUUACGACCAUGCUCGCCAUCAUCGCAAUCUGGUUCAUCAUCAGCGUACCACUGAGUGUCGCUGGUGCAUGGUACGGCUUCCGAUCGCCCGCGAUCGAACCACCCACUCGUGUCAAUCAAAUCCCGCGCCAAAUUCCUCCCGUGGCGCGCUCUCUCAAGCCACUACCUUCGCUGUUACUUACAGGCAUCCUGCCCUUCUGCGCCAUCUUCGUCGAACUCUACUUCAUCAUGACUUCACUCUGGACCAGUAAGAUCUACUAUAUGUUCGGAUUCCUGUUCAUUUGCUACGCCCUGAUGGCUAUGACCUGCGCAUGUACCACUAUCCUCCUUGUGUAUUUUCUGCUUUGUGCGGAGGAUUAUCGCUGGCAAUGGCGGGCGUUCUUUGGGGCGGGAAUGACCGGUGGCUAUGUCUUCCUGAAUGCAUUGGGAUUCUGGGUGACGAGAGUAAGUUUUGGGGGUCUUACGGGCGCGGUGCUUUAUGUUGGCUAUUCUGCUUUGAUCAGUUUCCUGGUGGCAGUGCUCACAGGUACCAUCGGAUACCUUGCAUCUUAUGCAUUUGUUUACCGGAUCUAUGGGUCAAUUAAGGUUGACUGA